AUGUCCACUCGGACGCCGCUGCCCACCGUCAACGAGCGGGACACGGAGAACCAUACCUCUGUGGAUGGAUACACUGAACCACACAUCCAACCUAUCAAGUCAAGUAGCAGACAAAACAUCCCCCGAUGUAGAAACUCCAUUACGUCUACCAAUGAAGAGCAUCCUCACAUUGGAAAUUAUCGCUUACUGAAAACCAUAGGAAAAGGAAAUUUUGCCAAAGUGAAACUGGCAAGGCAUGUGCUUACAGGAAGAGAGGUUGCUGUGAAAAUAAUAGAUAAAACCCAGCUAAAUCCUACUAGUCUGCAAAAGUUGUUUCGAGAAGUACGAAUAAUGAAGAUACUGAAUCACCCUAAUAUUGUAAAAUUAUUUGAAGUUAUUGAAACUGAAAAGACAUUGUAUUUGGUAAUGGAAUAUGCCAGUGGGGGAGAAGUGUUUGACUACCUAGUUGCACAUGGAAGAAUGAAAGAGAAAGAGGCUCGUGCAAAAUUCAGGCAGAUCGUAUCUGCUGUGCAGUACUGUCAUCAGAAAUGCAUAGUUCAUCGUGAUCUUAAGGCAGAAAACCUUCUACUUGAUGCAGACAUGAACAUUAAAAUUGCAGACUUUGGGUUUAGUAACGAAUUUACAGUCGGUAAUAAACUGGACACAUUUUGUGGAAGCCCGCCUUAUGCUGCUCCUGAACUUUUCCAAGGAAAGAAAUACGAUGGUCCUGAAGUGGAUGUGUGGAGCCUUGGGGUGAUUUUGUACACACUAGUAAGCGGAUCAUUGCCAUUUGAUGGUCAAAAUCUAAAGGAACUGAGGGAGCGAGUACUGAGGGGGAAGUACCGCAUUCCAUUCUAUAUGUCCACAGACUGUGAAAAUCUACUUAAGAAGCUACUAGUACUGAAUCCAAUAAAACGAGGCAGCUUGGAACAAAUUAUGAAGGAUCGGUGGAUGAAUGUUGGCCAUGAAGAAGAAGAACUAAAGCCAUAUACUGAGCCUGAACCAGAUUUUAAUGACACCAAGAGAAUAGACAUUAUGGUCACAAUGGGCUUUUCAAGAGAAGAAAUCCAUGAAUCUUUAGUAAACCAAAAGUACGAUGAAGUCAUGGCUACUUAUCUGCUUCUAGGUAGAAAACCACCUGAAUUUGAAGGAGGCGAGUCCUUGUCCAGCAGCAACUUAGGUCAAAGGUCUCGUCCUAGCAGUGACCUCAACAACAGUUCUGUGCAGUCUCCCGCUCACCUGAAGGUCCAACGGAGUAUAUCAACUAACCAGAAACAACGGCGGUUCAGUGAUCAUGGUGGGGAUGACAUUCCAACAAUUGGUCCCUCAAUUCCUCCUGCUGUGUCAUACACAAAAAGGGCUCAGGCAAAUAGUGUGGAAAGUGAGCAGAAAGAAGACUGGGACAAGGAUGUCUCACGCAAACUUAGCAGCACUACAGUAGGAUCCAAAGGAGAGAUGGCUGCAAGUCCACUUGUGGGUCCAGAAAGAAAGAAAUCAACUACAGUUCCCAGUAACAAUGUAUUUUCUGGUAGUGGAAUGACAAGAAGGAACACUUACGUUUGUGAACGUUCUUCAGAUCGCUAUUCUGCAAUACAGAAUGGGAAGGACAACAGCCUAACAGAAAUGUCUGCAAGUAGCACAUCUUCUGCAGGCUCUACAGUAGCUUCUGCUGUAUCAACACGGCCUCGACAUCAAAAGUCCAUGUCUGCCUCUGGACAUCCUAUAAAAGUUACACUGCCAACCAUCAAAGAUGGCACUGAAGCUUACCGACCAAGCAGUGCAACUCAAAGAGUGCCUGCUGCUUCCCCGUCUGCUCAUAGUAUUAGCACUACUACUCCAGACCGAACCCGCUUUCCUCGGGGGAGUUCAAGUCGAAGCACUUUCCAUGGUGAGCAGCUAAGGGAGCGGCGUAAUGCCACUUACAAUGGACCGCCCGCCUCACCAUCACAUGAAACCGGUGCUUUUGCACAUGCUAGAAGAGGGACAUCAACUGGUAUAAUAAGCAAGAUAACUUCCAAGUUUGUUCGCAGGGAUCCAAGUGAAGGCGAAGCCAGUGGCAGAACUGACACCUCAAGGAGUGCUUCUGGGGACCCAAAAGACAGAGAGAAGGAGGAUAGCAAAGAUUCGAAGCCACGUUCCUUGCGGUUCACGUGGAGUAUGAAGACCACUAGUUCUAUGGACCCAAACGAUAUGAUGAGAGAGAUUCGGAAAGUGUUAGACGCUAAUAACUGUGAUUACGAACAAAAAGAGAGGUUUUUGCUCUUCUGUGUUCACGGUGAUGCACGACAAGAUAGCCUUGUUCAGUGGGAGAUGGAAGUCUGCAAACUGCCACGAUUGUCGCUCAAUGGAGUUCGUUUCAAGAGAAUAUCUGGGACUUCUAUCGCAUUUAAGAACAUUGCAUCCAAGAUAGCAAAUGAGCUUAAGCUGUAAACAGAACCUAAAUUUUUUGGGAUCAGGGAAGAUUCAUACAUGAUCUACACUUUGAAUGUACUGGUUACGCCUCAUGUGAUUGGCCUGUGAAACUCCCCAUGUAGAAAUUGCCCUUAUUGCAAUAAGGUUAUACAUAGUUAUUCAGAAUUGUAAAGUUAAAUCCAGUAUGACCUAUAUUAAAUAACUGUAGCUAAAGAAGUUAUGUUCACAUGUACAGGUAAGUAUAUAGAGCAUUCUGUUCAUUUUAUGUUCAUAGAGUUGUAUAAUAAAAAGAUGACUGCUUAAAUUCAGAUCUUGUAUAGUUGUCUAGAUUUCUGCACAGAAAUGUAUGUUUGAUGCUUUCAGUUGGAAAAGUUCUUCCCUAUCAUUUACAUUUUUGGUGGUUUUUAUAAGUCUUACCUCUAUCAUGUGUUUUUUAAAAAACUUGUGUCCUGAGUCAAAUGCA